GACACCACCCGAACAAACAAACACUUUCUUCUUCCUUAAAUCCUUCUCUCACGCUCACAUCUCCGUCCUCCUCCUCCAUACCCAACACCAAGAUAAAGGGGUUAGGCCCCUCUCCAGUUCAGAAUGGCCGGAACGAUGAUGGGUCCCGGCAUGGAGGGCAUGUCGUCGUCCAACGGCGGCACCACCAUGAACAACACCAUGUACAUGCAUCACAAGAUGAUGAUGCACAUGACUUUCUUCUGGGGCAACAACGCCGAAAUUCUCUUCUCUGGCUGGCCUGGCACCCGCACCGGCAUGUACGUCUUGGCCUUGCUUCUCGUCUUCGUGCUCUCAGUGCUCGUCGAGUGGAUCUCUAAUUCCCGAUUCAUCAAACCCAGAAACAACCCCGUUGUUGCAGGGCUGCUUCAGACGCUUUUGCAUGCAAUUCGGAUGGGACUUGCUUAUAUGGUAAUGCUUGCUGUUAUGUCCUUCAACGCCGGUGUCUUCCUCGUCGUUGUUGCCGGCCACGCUGUUGGGUUCUUGUUUUUCGGCAGCUCGGUUUUUAAGCAAUCCGAGAUACCUUCAUAUGAGAAACCCUCUGAUCUUCCUCCCAUGAGGUGUUAGAUCUAUUCCCUUUUCUCUCUCUCUCUAGGAGAUUAUUUCGUUGGGGAUUUGUUUAGGAUAUUACUGAUUAUUUAUAUUAGAGUGAAAACGUGAGGAUAUAUAGUCUUAGUUUAGGGUUUUAAAAUUGCAUUUCUUCGGUUAUCAGUUCGAUUCAAGUCCAAUUUCUCAAUGAAAUAUUCUCUUUUCUUACA